AUGUCUUCAAUCCAAGAAUUCCCUUCUCGAGGAUCGGAUGUAAUGAUUCUCAUAACCAGGGUCAAUUUACAUCCUUUAUGUGUUCUUGUGGAGUUUUGGGGGAAGUUCAGUCAGGAGAGGACAGCAGAUUAUCAGUCCCUGGCAAAAGAUAUUCAGUCUCCUGGAAAAAUAUUUCAGGAAAAUGAAGGAAAUCCUGGUGACCAGUGCUUGGCUCAGAUGGAUGGUACUUGGUACAGGUCUCGCAUUGUGUCAAGAAAUGGCUCAAAAUACACUGUAUUUCUCACUGACAUGGGGAUGACUUAUAACACAACUACAAGAAAUCUGGCAUGGGGUAGGAAAGAACACUUCAUCCUGCCCCCUGAAGUGGAAUUUUGUGUACUAGCUAAUGUCUUACCUGUGUCAAUGCAGAACAGAUGGUCACCAAUGGCACUUGAAUUUCUCAAGACUCUAACUGGAAAGUCAUUGAAGGCAUAUGUGCAAGACGUAAUGGUGCUCCACCGAAUGUUUCUAUUGCACAUCCCUUGUAUAUCCAAACAAAUGUACGAGAUGGGAUUUGCCAGGAAUCUCUCUGCAGACCGAUUCCAAGAGUUUGUGCUAAUGUCUUUGAAGUCCAACAGUGAAACUGAGGUGUCUACAGACACUAAGCAGAGCUCUAUGGGAGCAUGUGAACGACUGCACAAGCAAGAGAUGUUCAUGUACCCAGAGCUGCAAGCUAGGACAGUGGAGGCUGUCAUAGUCACAGAGGUGACAAGUCCUCAGAGGAUAUUCUGCCAGCUGAAGGUUUUUUCUCAAGAGCUAAAGAAACUGUCAGAGCAACUCACUCAGUGCUGUGACGGCAGAAUGACCACUUGCAUAGUAGGACCUGAAAUGAUUGGAUAUCCCUGUGCUGCCAGAGGGGCUGAUGGAAAAUGGUACCGCUCUGUUUUACAACAGGUAUUCCCUUCUAAUAAAGUGGUGGAAGUGCUGAAUGUUGACUUUGGAACAAAACAGAUUGUUCAAGUGGAGAACGUCAGACCGCUGUCAGCAGAUUUGUUUAGGAUGCCUGUAGUAACUUACAUGUGCUCCCUUCAUGGAAUUGAGGACAGAGGUGUGGGAUGGACCAAUGCUCAGAUUGACUACCUCAAGACCCUUCUUCUGUACAAGACAGUGAUUGCCAAAUUUGAGUAUCAAAGCAUCUCUGAGGGUGUUUACUAUGUCACACUCUAUGGGGAAGAAAGCGUAAACAUUAAUAACCUAUUUGGUUCCAAGCAGAGCUGUUUGUUGGAGUGUGAGAAAUCACUUCAAGAUUAUGCCAUCCAGAGCACAUUGUAUGGCCGCCAGCAUUCUGCACAGCCAGACAGACAUCAAAUGAAGGGAGGUGGGAAGGAGAGAGACGGCAAGGAAAGUACAAAAGCAUUGCCAGUUGAAGACCUCUCUCUCAACUCCUCCCACGUGGCUGCAGUGCAUCAUGUAUCCAACCCAUCAGAGUUUUGGAUCCAAACGCAGAACUAUGAAAAUGAGUUUGACAAACUGAUGGAUGACAUGUUUUAUCUGUACAAAGACACUAGGGAAAAUGUUGUGGAAAAUCCAACUGUUGAUCAUUACUGUGCUGCUAAAGCAGAAGAUGGUAACUUCUACAGAGCUACUGUGUCUGAGGUUGGUAAUGCGCAAGUUAAGGUCUUCUUUGUGGAUUAUGGAAACAGUGAGGUAGUUGAUAGGAGUUGCAUCAGGACCCUUCCAGAGGAGUUCAAACAGCUUCCACGGCUAGCACUGAAAUGUACCCUUGUUGAUGUCAAACCACAUGAUGGGAAAUGGAGUCAUGAUGCUUGUGAGUUUUUCACCAAAGCAGUAGAAGAUAAGGUACUAAAUGUACAUGUGAUGGCAAAAUAUGAUGACUCUUACGUUGUUCAACUGACAGACCCUGAAGCACAUGGAGAAAGAGAUCUUGGCAAACUGAUAUGUGAUUCUGGCUUUGCUGAAAGAGUUAACAUAAAGAGACCACCCACAGGCAAAACAAUCAUGCACCAUGCCAUUGCAGCUACAACACAGUGUGCAGAUAUCAGACUGCGUUGUCAGUUCAGCAACAGUGGAAUGUCUGUCCAGACUCCCAAUGCACUUGGCCCUCCCAUCAAUGAAAAAAGAAUUCCUACUUUCAAGGAGCAGAUGUUUUCCAUUGGAAAUGUCCUUGACGUCAGUGUGUCCUACAUUGAAAGUCCAAAUGACUUCUGGUGCCAACUAGUACACAGUGCAGGGCACUUGAAAAUGCUUAUGCAUGACAUGCAGGCUCAUUAUUCAGGUAGUGUUUUUGAACCUCUUGUAGGAACAGCUUGUGUUGCUCGCCACCCUGACAACAAAAUGUGGUACAGAGCCCUUGUAAUUCAUAAACAUGAAACGCCCCAUGUGGAUGUGUUGUUUAUUGACUAUGGCCAGACAGAAACCAUCUCUCUUUUUGACCUGAGGAGCAUAUGCAAAGAAUUUCUGACCCUGCCAGGACAAGCUUUUCGAUGUAGUCUUUUAAAUCCUGUUGAUCCCACAUCUGCCAUAAAUGACUGGAAUGAAGAAGCAAUUGCAAGGUUCCACACCUUUGUAGAAAAUGCUGCAUCUAACUUUGUGAUUUUGAAGUGCACCAUAUAUGCCGUGAUGUAUAAUAAGCAAAAGAUUGUUUUCAACGUUGUCGACCUGGAAACUCCCUUCGAGAGUAUCUGCACCAGUAUGGUCAAUCUCGUCAAAAGUGUACCUCCCAAGAAAGCCUCUUGGUCAUCAUUCUCUCUGGACACGUAUUACUACUCGACACACAAUGUGAAAACUGGGACAGAAGAGGAGGUGACAGUGACACAUGUGAACAAUGUCAAUCACUUCUAUUGCCAGCUUGAAAGAAAUGUAGAAGUGAUUGAAGAUCUCAAGAUGAAAGUGAACAGUCUGUGCGGUCAGCUUGAGACAAUAAAGCUCCCAUCAAUCUUUGGAACUCUGUGCUUUGCCAAGUACACUGAUGGACAGUGGUACAGAGGACAGAUUAAAGCAACAAAGCCAUCCAUCCUGGUUCACUUUGUGGAUUAUGGUGACACUAUUGAAGUGAACAAAUCUGACUUGCUUCCAGUUCCCAGAGAGGCUAAUUACAUCAUGUCUGUGCCAGUGCAAGCACUUGUGUGUGCUCUCUCUGAUGUGCCUAAUAAUGUCUGUAGUGAAGUUAACAAUUGGUUUGAGACAAAUGCUACAGAAUGUAAAUUCCAAGCACUAGUUGUGGCCAGAGAGCCUGAUGGCAAACUGUUGGUUGAGCUGUAUCAAAGAAACAUUCAAGUUAAUGCAAAGAUCAAGAAAAUGUUUAGGAUUGAGAUGCACACAGACACACAGGUUGUCUACUGGAAUAAAAUGACCCAUGAGACUUCAGAAAGUCAUACACAAAGAAGUGAAAAAGCCCUGUCAAAGCAAGCUAUGGGGAAAGAAGACCAUAAACAAAUCUCAAAGACAAAUAGCAUCUCUGUCCUAAAAUCACAGCAAGUUAAAAAUGAGGCAAAGUCUUUGGAUGUCCAUUCACAGCCUGACCAGCAGCUGAGGCGCUGCUCAACUGAAAAUCGCCAGAGGAUCAGAAAUGCCCCAUUAGAGCUGUACAAACCUCCACAUCAAAGGCAGUCAUGUGUGAAAGAGCCAAGUAAUGCUCAAGAUGGUUCUGAGGAAUCGAGAGCCCAGGUCAAAUCAAAAAACAAAAAUGUUCCCAAAGAGACACAACAGUUCAGCAACCCCCAGCUCAGCAAUUUGGCCCCACAAACCAAUACUGACAAACUCCCUAAUCUUGCUGACCUGCCAUCAAAAACUAUUACACCUGGUUUGGUAGCAGAUGUGUACAUUUCACACUGCAACAGCCCAUUGAGUUUCUUUGUUCAGUUUGUCAGUGAAGAGGAUGAAAUAUUUUCCAUUGUGGAAAAACUAAAUGAUCCGUUGUUAGGGCAGAAGACGGACAUCACAGAUGUGCAAUCAGGUAACCUUGUUCAGGCAGAGUUCACAGAUGAUUCUUCGUGGUACCGAGCAGUUGUGAGAGAAAUGCAUGCCAAGGGGAUGGUUCUUGUUGAGUUUGUUGAUUUUGGAAAUACGGCCAUAAUUCCUCUUUCUAAGAUUGGCAGACUCCAUGAGCGUUUCCUGCAACUUCCCAUAUACAGCACACACUGUAUGCUGAGCAAUGCUGCACCUCUCAGAAAAGAGGAAUUUCUCAAUGGAGAAGUUGUGUCAGCUUUCAAAACUGCUGUUGGUAGUAAUGGAGAAAAGCAGUUGACGUGCCGGUUUGUCAGACAGUCUAGAUCUGUGUGGGAAGUGAGUCUUGAAGAAGAAGGCAUGGAAGUUGUAUGUAAGGUGCCUGUGAAAAGCCUAACUGAUGACUCUGGAAACGCCAAUGACAAAUGUGAACAGGUGAAGGAAGAGCUGGACCAGAAAUUGCUACAGAACCCCUGUUGUUUAUAUUUCAGUCACCAAGACUUACAAGAGGGACAACAGUUAGAUGUGUAUAUUACAGCUCCAAAUGAUGAUCAGACAUUUUGGUGUCAGGCUGCUGACUCCAAAGAACUUGACAAGAUUACAUUGAGUCUCUCAGAAUUUGACAAGGUAGAAGAUCCCAGACAUAUUGACACUACCACCUUCCCUCUUGGCAGCCCAUGCAUCGCCCUUUUUUCUAAGGAUCAGCAUUGGUAUCGUGCAGAGGUCAUUGACAAAGAUGGAGAUGAGCUGUCCGUUCUGUUUGUGGACUACGGAAACCAAUCUAAGGUCAAGGCUGCAGAUGUAAAGGAAAUAACCCCUGUCCUGAUGGAAAGUCCAACACAGGCAUUUUUAUGUGAGCUUGAAGGGUUUGAUUCUUCAAAUGGAUCCUGGGACUACAGCGCAGCUGAGGAGUUGUCAGCUUUGACAACAGACAAACUGCUACAGUUGACUAUUACCAGAGUAAUACGAGAAGCACAAAAAAUCAGAUGCUUUGUACAGAUUGAAUGUGAAGGCCAAGUGAUAAAUGAGGUAAUGAAAUGCUGGUGGAAGAGCUGCAUGACAGAACCUGAUCCAGUUGCACUGUCCACCUCCAGUGAAGCGCCACUGUCAUUCGAUUCAGCCAUGAAAGAGAUGCCCCUGCCUGAUCAGUCACCACAUGGACCAGAAACUGAUAUUUCUGUUCCUUGCAUUGACAUUGAAAGAAACCAAAGUCAAGAACAUUUCACUGAUGAUCUUGUUGAGCUUUUCAUAGUGGAUCAGGCCUACAUACAAGACCAUAGUCCAAGGAAAAGAGAUGAUUCCCCUCAUACUGAUACUGUUGUGUUCUCAGAACAAGACAGAGCUCAGAUGUUGUCAGAAUGCAGUCCCACCACUAGUAAGCAAAUAACAGAGAGUCUCACUGAACCGGUUUACAGUGAGGAGGAGAAAAUGGUCCCCACGGUAGUGACUGAUCCCAUAGGCAUUUUGCUGUCUGACUUUGGCAUAGAUAAAACCCUCAUUCCUCCACCUGACAAUGAGUUUGAACAAGUAAUUUUGACCUUAAGCUGUCAAGAGAAUGUGGAAGAAACAGACAAAGAAUCUGAAGAGGAAGGAACAUUAGAAUACACUACAGGGCCAGAGGAUGUCACAUCACCGUUGGAUGACAACCUCGAGGAGGCCAAGGAUGAGUGUAAGAUGAUGGAGCCUGCUUUGUGUCAACCUGAAGAUGUGAAUACUUUCAUCACAGAAGACGGAUCCCACAUCAGACAUUUCUCAAUUAAGCAGCACUACGAUCUAAACGAGGGAAGAGGUGACAGUGAGCGAGCCAUUGCAGAGACAAGUUCUGUUUCCAGUGUGGGAACUGUAAAGAUGGUUCAGGCUGCAUUGGUGCCAACUUCAUGUGAGCUUCCUGCACAGCAGCCAUUUGGUAGUCCCACAGAGCAAGAAACUGAAGCCGGGGAACAAGAUCAGCAGGAAGAGACCCCAUGUCCUCCCACACACAUGGAGAGCUUGAUGACUGAAGAGGAGGUCCUGUCUCAUCACGAGGCUCUGUUAGUAAACGAUGACACAGCGGUCAGUGAGCCUCAAACCUGCACUGUUACCUCUACAGAAAAGUUUGACAGGGCUGAAGAGGCCACCUGUUCUGCUGAGAAGGACAGUUUGUCAGAUGUCUGCACUGAUCCAAAUGAGCAAACUGAUGACGUUUACGUGACUGGCGCAACAGGUGGUUAUGUUAGCAGUAUGACAGCAGAGGAAACGGUAAUUUGCAUCACACUGACUUUCACCAUCUGUGGUACAUGGGGUUCUGUAGUGUGA